GUGAUAGAACUGUGCCGGCUUUUUUCACUUCAACAACAAAAAAGACGUCAAUAAAUAAUGCCUAAAAAUCAGGGAUAUCGCAGCAAUAACAAUGCGCCACGCAAGCGUCAAGUGCAGCUGGACGAGCAGAAUCCAGUAGUGCAAGCAUUUCGCAGCUAUGCCAGCGAGUUGGAUAGCAAACAUGAUCGUCAUGAGCGCAUAUUGAAAUUGAGCCGCGACAUCACCAUUGAAUCGAAGCGCAUUAUAUUUUUCUUGCAUUCCAUUGAUUCGCGCAAGCAGAACAAAUCCAAAGUUUUGGAGGAGGCACAGCAGCGGCUGACAAAGCUCAUUGAUGUUAACUUUCGCGCCAUUGCUCAGGAGUUACGGGAUCAAGAUGUUUAUCAGUUUCGCGCCGCCUAUUCUCCCGGCCUACAGGAGUUUAUUGAGGCGUACACUUACAUGGAGUAUUUGAACAACGAGGACAAAGACAGUGAGCACUCGAAAUCAGUGUCUAAUUGGUCUGACCUGCAGUCGGUUAUGCAGUAUGAAGACGACGCUAACAAAGUUGAGCCUGGUCAGGAAGAAGAAUCGGAAAUACCAGGCGAUCAAGUGCCAGCAAUUGCCAAGCAAAAGUUUCACUUUUUCGUUGAUCCAACUGAGUAUAUCUUAGGAGUCUCCGAUUUGACUGGGGAAUUGAUGCGUCGCUGCAUCAAUUCUUUGGGCAGCGGGGACACUGACACCUGCAUGGAAACUUGCAAGGCUUUACAACAGUUUUACACUGGCUAUAUCAGCCUUAAUUGUCAACGAGCUCGGGAAUUGUGGCGCAAGAUUACCACCAUGCGACAGAGCAUGUUGAAGGCAGAGAAUGUCUGCUAUAAUGUCAAGGUCCGUGGCGGCGAGGCUGCGAAAUGCGCCAAUUUCGAUCAAAAGCCGGGAGAUGACACUGAUGAAGGCUUUUAUUAAAAUCUCUAAAUUCAAUCAAGAGCCAGAAGAUGAAACUGAUGAAGAUCUUUAUUUAACUACGAAUAUCUUAAAUACACAUUUGAAAAAUCACAAAUAUAUAUUGAAGCAUACAGUGAUG